CUUCGGUCUUUGAAUUAAAAAAAGGACUAAUUAUGGAUACUGGUUGUGGAAGAGAGGAUGAAUAUGAGCAUCCAAUAUGCAACGUAAUGUACGUAGCUAAUAAUAUUCCAGGCAAAGGAAUUAAUAUUGAUGAAUUUGAGUCAGAAUUUUCUGUAGGUUGUAUGUGUAAAAUUCAAUGCUUACAAAAUUGUCCUUGUGUAAGGGAGCAUGUCAAUUAUAUAAAUAAUCGAUUCAACGAAGAAAAAUCAUCCAAGUUGAUUCUAGAGUGUAAUCCAACAUGUUCUUGUUCUAAUAAUUGUGGUAAUAGAUUAGUUCAGCAUGGUCCACUUGAUUGUUUACAAAUAAUCAAGACUGAGGAUAAAGGGUUUGGCCUUAUAACAUCAAAACAUAUUAAAAAAAAUCAAUUUAUAUGUGAAUAUGCUGGGGAAAUAAUAGGAAUUGAAGAAGCUCGACGUAGAGUCGAGGAAAAUAAAUUGAAAAAAGAGAUGAAUUAUACUUUAAUUGUUUCUGAAUAUGUAGGUGAUAAAAAAAUGACAACUUGUAUAGAUCCGAAGUAUUUAGGUAAUAUUGGACGUUAUUGUAAUCAUAGUUGUCAACCCAGUGCUAAACUUGUACCCGUCCGGGUUGAAAAAUUAACUCCUCGGUUGUGUUUAUUUGCCUGUCGAGACAUAGAAAUCGGUGAAGAGAUCACAUUUAAUUAUGGAGGUGAUAACGAAAAAUCUAUAGAUAAUAUCAGUGAAAUUCCAUGUUUAUGUCAAUCAGAUAAUUGUAUUGGAUUUUUACCACAUCAUUUAUUUUAAGAAAAAAAAUUUUUUUGUUUUCCAUUGA